AACAUUUCCUUUUCAAAAACCUAACCUCCAAUAAUACUAUUUCAUUUAAAGUUGUAUAAAAGAAAACACUUACUUAUUAUGACUAUUUAACGAGUAUGGCAAGUCUGAAGUCACGACUCAGCCUCAUAUAUUUUUUGUUAUUAAUAACUGUUGGACUAUACCUCUACUCUGAAACUCACCUCUUCGGCCAAGUCAUCCCUAAAUAGUUUUCAAACUAAGCAGUUACCAUGAGUGUUGCCAUAUUAGCAAAACGCAGUACCUACUUCGGGAAAUCAUUGAUCGCAACUGUGAUUCGGAAAAUAGGUUUAUUCCCUCAAUGUCCGCAACCCGUAUUAUUCGAAACCGUGGAAUCCGCUGGCGUAGUCACCCUGAACAGACCAAAACAAUUGAACGCCAUGGAUUACCUGAUGUGGCGGCAACUCCUCCCGCGUCUACAAAUCACUGAACGAGGCCGGUCUCGCCUGAUCCUUAAGGGCGAAGGAGCCUUCAGCGUCGGAAAAGACAUCAAAUGGUUCUUCAACCAUGAACGUCAUUCUAAAAAACUGGCAUCUGUAACCUUAAUGUUCAACGGUGUUUACCUAUUAUCCAAGUACAAAAUCCCUUCCGUGGCUCUAAUAAAUGGCUUAACAUUCGGUGCAGGACUAAUGCUUUCCCGAAACUGUAAGUACCGAGUCGCCACGGAGCAUGCCACCAUAGGCUCUCCAGAAGUGAACAGCUGGAUAAAUAACGUCAGCGGUACGUAUCAUCUGUCGCGUUUGAGCAACCAUUUAGGCUUCUACUUGAGCAUGACAAACGAAAGAUUGAAGGGAAAAGACGUAGUUUUGUCUGGGUUAGCCACUCAUUUUGUACCAAGCGCACGUUUACAAGAACUUGGGAAUGAACUUUGCAGCUGUAAGCCCGAGGAUAUAGAAGCCCGUUUGAAUGUAUAUAGCGAGCCACUUGGAGAAUUCUCUCUAGCUCCUGUUGUAAAGGAUAUCAACCAUUGUUUCUCUGCUGAUACUGUCGAAGGAAUUAUUGAAAGACUUUGGACGGUGAAUGAUCCCUGGUCAAUGCAAGCAGUGGAAUCAAUCGCUAAAUUAAGUCCGACCAUGCUCAAAGUGACUUUACGUGCUCUACAGCUUGGAAAAGCUAGCGAUAUGAAGGAAUGUCUUCAGACAGAGUAUCGAGUGUUGUCUCGCUACUUGGGCAGUUAUGAUGCACACGAAGGACUAAGAGCAGUACUGAUGCAAAGAAGUGAUCGUCCGACUUGGCGGCCCGACACCCUUGCUGAAGUGUCAGACACCAUGGUGAACAGCUACUUUGAACCCCUGCCAGAAGAACUCGUGUAUUAUGAUGAAAUCAUUUCAAAAUAGAGUUGACGCGUUUUUUCUAACUUGUAGAUUUUCUUGACAGUGU